AUGAGCACCUUCCACCGACCAACAUUAAUGGCAUUCAAGGACAGCAGUAGCUUGUACAAUGAAAAUAGAAACCUUCUUCGGAUUCAAGAGAAGGAGAAAUGCAACCAAGAAGCUCAUCCAGAGAAAGAGGUGGUUGCUGAGAAGAUGCCACUAUUUGGAGAGCCCUACAAGACUGAAAAAAGCGAUGAGUUGUCGAGUCUGAUACAGAAAAUACUAGGAGACUACGAACAAAUGAAGAAGACGUUAUUGAGCACUGUGUCUUGCCCUCAGUGUCAAGAUGGUUCUGAAGACAGCCAGGGGAAGCCAAAAUAUCCUUCAUUUCAUGACAGGGAGAGUUCUGCAUCCUAUUCCUUCUGCACACACAUCUACCACCAGCCUUUUUGUACUUCUCCCCCUGGAUCACCUUCUGUUGGUAACAUUAGCCACAGUUCAAAGAUGGCGCCACCAAGGAUGGAGCCAGUGCCAAGUCGCCAUGCCAAAAACUAUGGUUCACCCAACAAACAGCAUCUGACUCAAGAUCGCCUCAGUCAGGAGGGGCACUCUGUUAACUACAGAAAGUGUGACCGCAGAGCUAAUGGUGACUCAGCUCCGGGGAAAAAGCUCUCACCCUUAAUCUCCCCUGUAUCCCAUUUGUCACCUGUACAUUCCAGACUGCAAGAAACCAGCAAGGUUUACAGCAGCGGUUGCACUAGCAAUAAAAGUUAUUGUGCAGAUGUGUCUUCCAAGGACCUGAAGGUGAAGGCUCAAGAUAACGAGACUCCUCUUGACAGUUUAGAGGAAGUUACCAGAUUUGGGGUAGCGUCUUCUCAAACGUUUCCACCCCCUCCUCUCCCCUCAGAAAGUGUUGCAAUGCAGCAGAAGCCCACGGAUGGUCAGAAUCAGGCCCCCAGUGAGUCCUCGGAGCUGAAGCCGCCACUGGAAGACUAUGGUCAGCAGAGCUUUGAAAAACCGGAUGUAAAAGUGCUAGCCAAAGCCAAACUCACCAGACUGAAGAUACCUUCACAAUCGGUGGAGCAGUUGUUCUCCAAUGAAGUUCGCUGCAUUGAAGAGAUUCUGAAGGAAAUGACCCAUUCGUGGCUCCCUCCUCUGACAGCCAAGCACACACCCAGUAUGUCCAACUCACCCAGAUCUCCUUUCCCUACAAAGGAGCCUCUGCCCAAUAGUUCUGCAACCCAAAGCCAAAAUCAAUAUGAUCCGCCUCCCAAAAUCCAUCCCAACUCCCAGCAAGCACUGUCCAUACUCUGGGAGGACCUGCAGGUCAGCGACAGUGAAGACAGUGACACUGAACAAGCUGAAGAGAAGCUUCCAUCCCUAUCUGCACCUCUAAGCGCUCCCCAGACGCUCCCCGAGCCCGUGGUGUCAGCACAUUCCAGUAAUUCAGAGUCGGAGAGCAGCAGCAGCAGCAGCAGCAGCAGCAGCAGCAGCGGGUCGGACUCAGAUUCAGACUCAGACUCCGAGACAGACUCAGAGAGUGAGAGCAACUCACGUGACAGCAAGGAGAGUGAGCCCCUAGAAAUCCCCGCUCCAGAGCCCGAGCCUUGGACAACAAACUGGUUAACCAAAGUGAAGCAGCCACCAGUGCCCCUCGAGGUUCUGGGGAGUACUGAGUCUCCAAGCGGGCCCCAAGAAAAUAAGGGUGAAAACCGCAACACUGACCAGCUACACCCUGAGUCCAAAGGCUCUCCCCUGAAGACUUCCAGCAAAGCCGUCCAAGAUGCCACUGAAGGGCCCCAACCUGAGGAGAGGAGCUGCCAGAAAUCCCCUGCCCAACAGGAGCCCCCACCUCGGCAAACUAUUGGUACCAAACAACCCAGAAAACCUGCCAAGGGCUCUGGCCAGGUAGAGCCCCAGGCCUGCUUGCAGGUGGAAAGUAAACCAGGACCCCUUUCUUCUGACUCAAAAGAACAGACUACCAAAGACAAACCCAAGGUGAAGACGAAAGGCAGGGAGCCUAAGCCUGAAGCUCUCAUGCCCAAGCAUCAGGCAGCCCUGCUGGCCCCUAAGGAGAAGAUUAAGCACAAGGGUUCCCCAGCUCUCUCCAAGGCGCCCUCAGGCCCUCAGCCUCCAAAGGACAAAGCUGGGAACAGGAACUCCUUCAUUCCACCCCACAGUGGUAGGAGCAGCAGUGGCAGCAGCAGUGGCAGGUCUAGCGACUGCCAACAGACUGCGAAUGUCCAGGAGGACGGCCAAAAGAGAGACACCGAAUUGCUCUCACCACUCCGGGACACUUCACUACCAAACUCGUUGAAGAUAGUGAAGAUAAAACUAGAUCAUCUUACUCGGAUUCCCCAGCCCCUGGGGAAAGGUGGCAGCCCUAGGAAAGCAGAAGACAAGCAGCCGCCAGUAGAUAAGAAGCAAGACUCUGAGAAGAGAGACGGCAACAGCUUCAGCAGACUGAGCAAAAAGAGAAAGGGCAGCGACUCAGAAAAAGACCGUGCCAGCAAGAAAAUCAGAUGGGAGAAGGAUGCCCAGUCACACUGUGCUUCAUCUUCCUCUUCCCAUACUGAAUCUUCCAAAACAAAGACUUCCAAACCCUCCUCAGAGUCCUCAAAGAAAGAAAUGUCUUCUCUGCCACCUGUGUCCGCCUCUUCCUCCUCCCAGAAGUCAACCAAAGCUGCACACAAGAAGCCAAAGCCGGAUGUAGACACCCGUGGUCAGGACCCUCCCAAAAGUGCCGGCAGUGUCAGGGACAGUGACAAGGACUCUUCUGUUCCCAGGCACAAAAAAGUGCCAAAAGUUCAGGCCAAGGACUCAGAAUACAAAGAGUCUUCUAGAGAAGCCACAAACACAUUCCUAGUGUCUUCUUUGCCAAAUGGUAACUGUAAACCAGGGAAGCCACAAGUGACAUCUUACAGACAGCAAGCUGAUUUUCACAUGAAGGAAGCUAGAAGGUUGAAGUAUAAAGCAGAGAUAAUGACGGACAAGAUCAGAAAGGCCUUCAAGUAUUUGGAAGCCAUCCUGUCUUUAAUUGAGUGUGGGAUGGCCAUGGAGUUAGAAAGCUCAGCAAAGUCGGCGUACGCUGUCUACUCAGAAACCGCAGACCUUAUUAAGUUCACGAUGUCAUUAAAAUCCUUCUCGGAUGCCACGGUGCCAGCACAAGGAAAGGUAUUUGCCGCUUUAUGUUUACGUUGCCAGUCACUAGUGAACAUGGCGAUGUUUCGCUGUAAAAAGGACAUAGUAAUGAAGUAUUCUCACACUCUUAGUGACCACUUCAAGAAUUCCUCCAACGUAGCCCAGGCGCCUUCUCUAUGCACAGGUGGUUCGACCCCACUCUCCCCAGUGCCUUCUCCUGCCAACUCUGUCAGGUCCCAGUCAAGUGCUGGUGGGAUGAUGGCCACUGUCAGUGUCCCAGUCGCCAUUCAGAACAUGACCUCUGCCUAUUUCACCAUCACAAACCACAUCCUUAAAGCCUUGGAACUCUGGGAACAGUCAGAGGACCUUACAAAGAAGAAUAAGGAAUUCUUUGCUCGGCUCAGCACAAAGGUGCGUAUCUUGACCCUCAACAGCAGCCUGGAGGACCUGGUGCACUACAUAAGACAAGGUCUGCAGCAGCUGAGACAAGCCCCCAAAACUCCCUAA